AUGCCGCGCUGGGGAAACCCCACCUCCUUCCUCCCCCUCCUCCCAAAGGACCAGGGGACGCUGGAGCCGCUAGCCGCUUCAGAUCUCAUCGAGUACAUGGAGGUCCUCAAGGAGAUGUACAUGCCUCCUAUCCAUGGGGGCUUCACGGCAGCCGACAUGGACUUUGAGGAUGGCCGCAACGGAAAGAAGAAGAAGAAGCGCACCCUCUCGGGAGGGAGUGUGGAUUUGCCAGGCCUCGACCUCGACUUGCACAUGGAGGGGCUUGGACUCAACGAGCCGAUCGAGGAGGAGGAGGAUUCGCACGACGACUCACACGAUGACUCACAUGACGAGGACGAGCAUGGGUACGAAGAUCCGUUCGAGCGCGACUGGGCCGAGAAAUGGUUGAAUGGCGUUGUGCGGCGCGCACAGACGUGGAUUGAAUCCAACGAUUUCGGAGAUGACCCAACGCCAGAAGAAAGCAAGGCAACGCACCAAGUCGAGGCUGUCCUUCGCGACGCGACCGCCGUUCUCGCCCUCAUGGCUGGUACCGGCGCGGCGGGCGGACUAACACGCCACCUCCUCUUCCCCCUGGCUGCCGAACUGGUACCGGGCCUCCGCGCCCUCCGGCCGCUCGAUACGGCCGGCAUGAGUCCUGAGACGACGCGCUUCCUCGCACGCCUCGGAACCAGCCCGACGAGUCUGGGCAAGUCGCCGACGUCGCGUUCUCUAUCUGCCCGUUCUCCAGGGACGGGGAGGCGGACUGCAGCCCUCCCCGUGCUUCUCCACGACGCGCCCAUCACCGACCACAUCUCGGUUGGCGUACAGACAUGGGGCGCGGCCAUUUUACUGGGAAGAGAGGUAUCGCUCCGCCCCACCUCGUUCGGCCUCUUCCAAAACCCCAGCCCGCGGGUCCUCGAGCUUGGCGCAGGUACAGGUCUACUAGCUAUCAUCUGCCGUAAGCUGUUGGACCUGCGCGCGGCUGCUACGGCUAUUGGUGCACCAACGCCCGGACCGAUGGGCGCGUUACCCGCCAACAACAGCGUCCCUGAUGCUGGAUUGGUAGUCGCCACCGACUUCCACGCCGAUGUGCUGGCCAAUCUCCGCAUCUGUGUGGACUUGAACGCGACCCCGCGCCCCGACGCCCCAACAACAGGCGUCGAGAUAGCCAAACUCGACUGGUGCACCUUCCCGGCAUUCAUGGAGGCGCGGGCUAAGCGCGCGGCUGGGGAGGACGCGCCGGAAGUGGAAGAAGAGGAACUCGCACCAUUCGUCGACAAGCCUUUCGACCUCGUCAUCGUCUCUGAUUGCGUGUACGACCCGUCUCAUGCGGGCUUGAUCCGCGACGUGGCUGCAUGGACUGUGCGUCCGCCGGGACGACACGACUCGGGGGGUGUUAUGCAUCUCAUCUCACCUAUCCGGCCGACAUUCACGCCCGAGCUCGAGUCGAUCGACGUCAGCUUCCCUCCGCUCCAGUCUUACCCGCCACUCGCUGAGCGCCGGGCGGCCGCCAAGGGCGCGACGGACGCGUUGCGGACCAGCGUGCCUGCAUCUCUAAGGGGCGAGGGGCUUGGUUUGGCACAGGGCCUACGUCUCGGUAUUCAUUUGCGCCCUUUAGCACCGGCCAUCGCCGCCAUCGCCGCCAUCGCCGCCGGCUACUAA